AUGCGAUCACCGGCCCUUACAUACCUCAGAAUAACCUCUCGUCUGCUCUGGCUGCUGCUACUCUGCUUAAUUUCUCCCGCAAGAGCAUGGAUUCAAUACGCUAGCACGGGCAACGCGACGAUGACACAUUACACAAUGGCGGAGGGGACUAUUACUGCCUGUGGAUGUACUGGGGACAGCACUAAAUUCCCUACCGCGGCUCUUUCAGAGUCUGCCUAUGGGAGCACCACCGCCUAUGGCCCAUCAUGCGGACGUUGCUUCAACCUGACGCUGCUGAACACGUUCACGCCUGACCCACCCUUCAUCCCGGACACGCAUCCUAGCGUAAUCGUGAAAGUCACCGAUCACUGUCCAUUGGGAGGUGAUUGGUGCAAUGCCACGGAUACCAAACCGAACAAGCAAGCGCAAGGUGGGGAGUUCCUGAACUUUGACCUCGUUUGGCCGUCCAAGGCAAUCCCGGACGAUUUCUUCCCUUCAAAUAAGACGUUGUAUGGUACGGCAAUGAACGGAUACGACGUGACACAGGAUUUUGGCGUCUGGAACAUCAGUUACGAAGUCGUACCGUGCUCGGAAUGGAAAGGGUGGAACGACGCAUCCGCACUCGGUAGUGUGCCCACUCUAGGCGAUGGCGCAUGCUGUCCCGCUGAUCCAACCAACUCGAGCAAUACCUGUCCCUCUUUCUCAGAUGCCAAUGGAAUCCCGUAUGUUACUCUGUCAUCCUAUCAUGACACUGCUCCGGCUGAUGCUCGGCUGCCAUAG